AUGCAGAAGAAGGAGGCUAUGCUGGACCGUCCAAGCAUUCGCGUGGCACACGCAAAGGAGCGCUAUGAGGAGGAGCUGCGCCGGUUGCGUGAGGAAGAAGAAGAGGAGAAACGCAUUCAUCGCGAGGAGGUGGCCGAACGUGAACGUCAGCGCCAGUAG